AAGCGUGGGAGCCUCGGCCCCGCGCAGCUCCCUCCAGCGUCCCGCGCCCUCCUUCCUUCCUCGCCCGGACGGACGCACUUCCGGCGGAUGUGGGGGGGCAGCCCUCGGAAACGGAAGUGAGCAGCGGGGUCGACUGACGGUAACUGGGCAGAGAGGCUGUUCGCAGAGCUGCUGAAGAUGAAUGCCAGGGGACUUGGAUCUGAGCUCAAGGACAGUAUUCCAGUUACUGAACUUUCAGCGAGUGGACCUUUUGAAAGUCAUGAUCUUCUUCGGAAAGGUUUUUCUUGUGUGAAAAAUGAACUUUUGCCUAGUCAUCCUCUUGAAUUAUCAGAAAAAAAUUUCCAGCUCAACCAAGAUAAAAUGAAUUUUUCCACACUGAGAAACAUUCAGGGUCUAUUUGCUCCACUAAAAUUACAGAUGGAAUUCAAGGCAGUGCAGCAGGUUCAGCGUCUUCCAUUUCUUUCAAGCUCAAAUCUUUCAUUGGAUAUUUUGAGGGGUAAUGAUGAGACUAUUGGAUUUGAGGAUAUUCUUAAUGAUCCAUCACAAAGUGAAGUCAUGGGAGAGCCACACUUGAUGGUGGAAUAUAAACUCGGUUUACUGUAGUAGUGUGCUGUUCACGGAAACUGAGGGCUGCAUCUUGUUUAUAGUCGUCUUUGUACUGUAAUUUGAUGUACACAACAUUAAAAGUACUGACACCUGAGAAUUUCUGCUCAAGUAGCAUCAGUGAUCAUUUAAAAUUUGGGGACAUCUUUGGUUUACAGCCAUGUGACAAUUAAAAGCACUAAAGGGGGAUCAUGUUAAAGCUCUUAAAUUAUAUUAAAACAAUAGCCUUUGUCUUUAAAAAAAAUGUUGCUCAUGAAUAUUAUAAAAUGAUCUACAGGUUUCAAUUCAACCUGCUUUCUAAGUUUUCUGUAAACUUAGUUUUGAAUAAGCAUAAGCAUUUGAGUCUGUAAACUUUGUAGUAGCAUCUUUCAGAAUAAACAUUUUUAAUUGAUUUCA